AAGGUAGUGAGCAGCUUCUCUUUCAGUUGGAAGAGGAGGAGAGACCUGGCCACAGCGCAGCAAGAGCUAAAUCUCGCGGCACACCAGCUCAUCAGUGAGUCUCCUACCAGGUGGGGAUCCCGAGAGAAGAUGAUUGAGUGGGUACUGGAGCAGGUCAGGAGAAUGACACCCCACUGACCCAGUCUAUCAAAGUCUCCAUCCUGGAUUACCUGAGGGAGAAGUAUUCUGAUCCUUCCACUAACGACCUGCUGGACAUGGCAGGCUUAGUGGAUCCCAGGUCCAAGAUAACAUACUGCACAGAAAAAAAGGUGGAUGCCAUCAAGAGCAGAGCCAUAACCGAGAUGGAGGCAAUGCUCUAUGAGACUGACCAGGGCACAGCUGAGUUGGCUGCUUCACUGCCUCAAGAUGCAACAACGGUAUCACAGCCAGAAGAGCCACUAAGGAAGAAAUCCCUGGGCAGCUUCUUUAAAACUGCAGCAACAUCUUCCGCCACACUGUCGCAGAGAGAGCUUAUUGAAAAAGAGUUGUCUGCCUACUUGCAGUCUGUUAAUGUUGACAGUGAAGCAAAUCCAUUGCAGUGGUGGAACGACCAUGAGGAAAUGUUCCCAAACCUGAAAAAUGUGGCAAAAAAAUAUCUGUGUGUGCCCGCCACCAGUUCCCCAUCGGAAAGGGUAUUUAGUACCAGUGGUAAUAUAGUUACAUGCCAUCGAGCAUCUCUCAAACCAGACGCCGUUGAUAGGCUUGUGUUUUUGGCACAAAACCUCUAAACAACCUGGUAUUCCCUGGUUGUUGUUACAAAGGGACAACAUAGUAUGCACGAAAUACAACUACAUAUUUUUUUACUUUUUAUUUGUGCCAUAUAUUUCAUGCAGAAGAAACCAAAACUAAAGCUGCAAACUUUUCCAUAAUGGACCAGAUUCACCUUUUGUGAAUUGUUUUAUGUUUAGGUAUUGUGUUUGAAACCAUAGGAUUGUUUAUUAAAAAACUAAAAGG